AUGGAUUUCAAAAUCUGUUCCCAGUAUUCUAGAGGAGUAUUUGCCAUCUUUGGACUUUAUGAUAAGAGGUCGGUACAUACCUUGACCUCGUUCUGCAGCGCCUUACACAUCUCUCUCAUCACACCAAGUUUCCCUACAGAGGGGGAGAGUCAGUUUGUGCUACAGCUAAGGCCUUCCUUACGAGGAGCGCUCUUAAGCCUGCUGGAUCACUAUGAAUGGAACUGUUUUGUCUUCCUGUACGACACAGACAGGGGAUACUCGAUACUUCAAGCUAUUAUGGAAAAAGCAGGACAAAAUGGUUGGCAUGUCAGUGCUAUAUGUGUGGAAAAUUUUAAUGAUGUCAGCUAUAGGCAACUUCUAGAAGAACUUGAUAGAAGACAAGAGAAGAAAUUUGUAAUAGACUGUGAGAUAGAGAGGCUUCAAAACAUAUUAGAACAGAUUGUGAGUGUUGGAAAGCAUGUUAAAGGCUACCAUUACAUCAUUGCAAACUUGGGAUUCAAGGAUAUUUCCCUCGAGAGGUUUGUACAUGGAGGGGCCAAUGUCACAGGGUUCCAGUUAGUAGAUUUCAGUACACCUAUGGUGACCAAGCUCAUGGAUCGCUGGAAGAAACUAGAUCAGAGGGAGUAUCCAGGAUCUGAGACUCCUCCGAAGUACACGUCUGCUCUGACAUACGAUGGAGUCCUGGUGAUGGCUGAAACUUUCCGCAAUCUUAGAAGACAGAAGAUUGAUAUCUCCAGGAGAGGAAAUGCUGGGGAUUGUCUGGCAAACCCCGCUGCUCCAUGGGGCCAGGGAAUUGACAUGGAGAGGACACUCAAACAGGUUCGAAUCCAAGGGCUGACAGGGAACGUUCAGUUUGACCACUAUGGACGUCGGGUCAAUUACACAAUGGAUGUGUUUGAGCUGAAGAGCACAGGGCCUAGAAAGGUUGGUUACUGGAAUGAUAUGGAUAAAUUAGUCUUGAUUCAAGACGUACCCACUCUUGGCAAUGACACAGCAGCUAUUGAGAACAGAACAGUGGUUGUAACCACAAUUAUGGAAUCCCCAUAUGUUAUGUACAAGAAAAAUCAUGAAAUGUUUGAAGGAAAUGACAAGUAUGAAGGAUACUGUGUAGAUUUGGCAUCUGAAAUUGCAAAACAUAUUGGUAUCAAGUAUAAAAUUGCCAUUGUCCCUGAUGGAAAAUAUGGAGCAAGGGAUGCAGACACAAAAAUCUGGAAUGGGAUGGUAGGAGAACUUGUUUAUGGGAAAGCAGAGAUUGCUAUUGCCCCUCUGACAAUCACUUUGGUCCGAGAGGAGGUCAUUGACUUCUCUAAGCCCUUCAUGAGUUUGGGCAUAUCUAUCAUGAUAAAAAAGCCUCAGAAAUCCAAACCAGGAGUGUUUUCCUUCUUGGAUCCUCUGGCCUAUGAGAUUUGGAUGUGCAUAGUCUUUGCCUACAUUGGUGUCAGCGUGGUCUUGUUCCUAGUUAGCAGGUUUAGUCCGUAUGAGUGGCACACGGAAGAGCCAGACGAUGGAAAGGAGGGACCCAGCGACCAGCCUCCCAACGAGUUUGGCAUCUUUAACAGCCUCUGGUUUUCCCUGGGUGCUUUCAUGCAGCAAGGAUGUGACAUUUCACCCAGGUCCCUCUCAGGUCGCAUCGUCGGAGGCGUGUGGUGGUUCUUCACUCUCAUCAUCAUAUCGUCUUACACUGCAAACCUUGCUGCUUUUCUGACGGUUGAGCGGAUGGUCUCUCCCAUAGAAAGUGCCGAAGACCUGGCCAAGCAAACAGAAAUUGCCUAUGGAACUCUGGAUUCAGGGUCAACGAAAGAAUUCUUCAGAAGAUCAAAAAUAGCAGUGUAUGAAAAGAUGUGGACCUACAUGAGAUCAGCAGAGCCGUCAGUGUUCACUAGGACUACAGCUGAGGGAGUAGCUCGUGUCCGCAAAUCCAAGGGCAAAUUUGCCUUUCUCCUGGAGUCCACUAUGAAUGAAUACAUUGAGCAGCGAAAGCCGUGUGACACGAUGAAAGUGGGAGGAAAUCUGGAUUCGAAAGGCUAUGGAGUAGCAACGCCCAAGGGUUCCUCAUUAAGAAAUGCUGUUAACCUCGCAGUUUUAAAACUGAAUGAACAAGGCCUGUUGGACAAAUUGAAAAACAAAUGGUGGUACGACAAAGGAGAAUGUGGCAGCGGGGGAGGUGACUCCAAGGACAAGACAAGCGCCUUGAGCCUGAGCAACGUAGCAGGCGUCUUCUACAUUCUGGUUGGCGGCUUGGGCUUGGCAAUGCUCGUGGCUCUGAUAGAGUUCUGUUACAAGUCCAGGGCAGAGGCGAAGAGAAUGAAGCUUACCUUUUCCGAAGCCAUAAGAAACAAAGCCAGAUUAUCCAUCACUGGGAGUGUGGGUGAAAACGGCCGAGUCUUGACGCCCGACUGCCCAAAGGCUGUACACACUGGAACCACCAUCAGACAGAGUUCAGGAUUGGCUGUCAUUGCAUCGGACCUACCAUAAUAACCAAAAACAUAACUGAGUGCCUUAAUUAAACUGUGUUGGUGACUGAUGGAAAUGCAGUCCUGAGAGACACGCCCAGCGCGGGUCUUAACGAAAUGAUCCUUCAGCUGAGAGCUGGAAGUACUUCCUAACGCGCCGGACGUCAGCAGCAGCAACGUGUGCAUGAGCUCAGCUCGGGAACCCAAACUCAGAUUUUAUAUCAGGAAAACUCACAAUUUAUGUUUUUUUCGGGGAGUGGGUGGGGGGAGGAAGCUGGGACGGGUGUAUUAACACAACAAAUUUCACUCCAGUGGAUUUAAACUAAUCAGACUUGCAAGUUAGCGCACGAAACUGUGAAGUUCUUGCUCAGAAGGCCUUGGUCUUUGCCUCAGUGGAUCAGAUGUUGGAGAAGUCCGUAAACAUGCUAACCUGUAUCUCCGGAACACCCAUACAGCCAAUGGAAGACUAUCCAGCUGAGGAAACAACGCACUAAAUGGUAAUAAGGAAAUAAUAAACAAACAUGUAAAGCCUGUGAAAAAAUUUAAAGGCAGUAUUUACACUUACUUGGGAGAAAACAAAUACUGAAAUCUGCUUGCUUUUUUAACUGAUGUAAAUUCGGUAGAGGACAACACAAUUCUUUUUUCUAACCAUCUUAGGGAACAAUACAUUGCAAUAAUUGAUGUAAACUUUAGAGACUUUUUUUAAUAAAAGUUGUUGGUCAUCUCCUUGUUUGCUGUAACCUUUACCCUGCCACAUGAUUCAGUGUCCACAGAUUGCAUUCGUCUCACUGCCAGGAGCAAAACAAAAGGAAGACAUCGUGAACAUAAGCUCAUUGGUCUGCAAUAUGGAAUCAAAAGAGACUACGGGUCACUCAUGUUAUUGGUAUUAUUUAUAAUCUUGUUCUGUGUACAAAAUUGUGCUUUUUGUACCCACCAAAAAGAAUAAAACAACAGAUGUUCUUACAAUAUCUACAAAGCUUAAGGUUUUUUUCUUAUCAUUACAAAAGUUAUUUGAGAAAUUGUAAGAGUAUAGGAGGGAUUUUAGAAGUCAAGUGUGGUCCAUAUUGGAAAAUGUAACUAGCCCUUAUUGUUUUUGUGUACUGCGCUACCUUCUUUCUAUUGCCUCGUUAGUAGGCUAAGUUGUCAAAGAUGGAGUAUUUGAAUUGGGGAAUGAUUCAUUGUCAUCACAGCGACAUAUCCUGUAAUUGUGUGUUGAAAUUUUACUUGACUGUAUUUUGUUGCAUAAAAUAAUGUGUCUCUUGGGCUUCUCCCUCCAUUGCCAUUAUUCCAUUAAACUCCUUUGAAGGAAGGCACUAAUAAUAUAAUAGUUUUUGGUAAGCAAGAAAUACUAGACCUUGUUUUCAACUGGAAAUUGUGAAGAAAACUAUACCCAUUUUUACUUUAAAAAAAAUCAUUUUAUGUCCUGUAUGUAUUAAAUGAACAUGGCUCAAAAGAAGUUUUGGGUCAUUUGAAAUAAUAAAUAACUACUAUACUACAGAUAAACAUCACAAUACUUAGAGAUCCUGGCAGAAAGCACAAGAUAGGAUGAUUUUUGCAAGUAUGGUCUUGAAGGAAAAGCUGAAUUUUCAUAGGUGGUGAUGGUGUUAGGAGUCUUACGUGCAGGCAAGCGGUGGCCAAGGGAGUGUAUGUCAGCAGCUCUUUAAGGAGUGUGUGCGGCAGGAGGGGCUGGGGAGGGCGUGGGGUGUGCUAUCAUGGAAGAUGAAGCUGGAAAAGCUGAAGGACUUACCACCUUGCUUCAGCUCUCAGGAUGGCCAUUCCCCUUUCAAUCUCUGUGCUGCAGUGAAGGCAAUCUUAAAAAGUGCAUACAUAGUAACACACACACACACUUCCCUCAGGAAAAAUGUUAAGCUCUAGAGCAGAGCAAAUGAACUCCUUUAUGAUCUGGUCCUUACUUAUCUCUUCCAUGACUUUCCUCACCCCUACCCAACCUCUCCAGCCCACAAAUAAACCUCCAAACACAGCACACAGGACAUUGUAUUUAUUAUUUCCUAGGUCUGUCACUCUUCAUCAUCUCCGCUUUACCUAACUUGCACUCACCCUUCAGUACUCAAAUUUUACCUGUCCUUGGAAGAUUUCCAUGACUGUCCCUUACCCCCUACCUGUGAGACUGAGUUAGGUGCCCUCCUAAAGUUUUCUCCCUGUCACAGCACUUGCCGUACUGCAUCGUAAUUGCCUGUGUACUUGUCUGUAUAACUACUAGACUGUAAGCUCCUUGAGGGCAGGGACUGUGUCUAUCUUGUUCACAGUUGUAUUCCCAGCACCCAGCACAGUGCCUGGCAUA